UGUCUGCACUCUUAGCGAACUGGUUAGACAGCGGUUUUAAAAAUCACAUUGUUUUUUUUUGCUUUUAUUUCAAACUCUAAAAAUUGAAUUACUGUCCUCCUGCAGAGUACUUUUACUUUAAUAGCCAGCCAAAAGUUGCACUCUAGUUGCACAGGUGAACUGGAUUUAAGUCUGCAGUGUGAGUCUAAUGAACCACAGCAUUGCUCUAAUGAACUGCAAACCUACCCAUGUUUUCUGUGAGCAUCCGGUAUCUGAAAGCACCUCUGCUCCCCUGGCGGCUGCUGUUAGAGGGUAUUCAUAUCCAACUAGUCUCCAGUCUGUCUGCACUUCAUUAAAACUUUUUAUUUUAACUGGACGAUCCAGUUUAACAUUAUUACACCUGGGGAGAGUAAAGGCUAUUAGGUUAAGGGUUUGAUUAAAAGCGCAUCGUAACAAUGUUCAUCAGGGAGCAGAUUAUUGCACUGUCUGCAUCCAGGUCAGUUGCUGCUGAGCCACCAAAUGAAAAACGUGCCAUACAUGGACACAACCACGACCUCCUCAUAGUUUUGCACAGAUUUAUUUUGUUUACAUAUGAACAUGUGUGAACACGAUACUACUGCUGUUAUUUUACAAAGGGGAGAAAAACAGAGUUUAACAAUUUCUCAGAUGAACAAAUGAAACAUCAAAUUAGUUCGCCUGAGGGCCCCAUUUUUUGUACUUCUACAUUAUAACUAGUUAUUGAACUAGGUGCACGAUCUGAAAGCCAUUUGUGGGGAGAAAGAAUGCAUUGCUGUCCCCCCAUCAAUAAUCCUUGGCAGUGAACUAUUAGAAUCAGUCAAACGCGAGGGGUGAAACGCAGGUCAGGCUGUCUAACUAAUAUUAAAAUGCGUGCGCCGGCGCGAGCGAGAGGGAGUAUGUGGUGUGCGUGCAGCUCCUUCACACUGACUGCGUGCACAACAAACUGCAUGCAUUUAGAUGAGCAUAUGACAAAGUCAAAUUAACAUGGGUUUGUUUUUUUGUGACAAUGUUCGUUUGUUCACUGUUAUAUGGCUAAAAAUUAUUUGUUCUUCAAUCCAAGCAAUCUGUGAAAUUGAUACACACUCGGAGAAAUAUGUAGAUUGAGAUCAUUUCUGACGGUGUUUGAAGCCCCCUGUGCAUUUCCACUGUAAUCAAUUCCAUUGAUUCACAAUCUGAGCAUGUUUGCUGUUUUUAAUAACCCCGAAACAGGUCACAUGUCUGAUAUUGCAUUUUUCAUCCGAGGCUUUUCUCAUUAGCUUCCAGAGUGGCAGGAAGAAAGGUUACCGAGCGGUCAGUAUGGUAAUGGAGGGCAGAAGGAAUGGUUGGGAACAAUGGAAACUUAUUUUUCAUCUGUGCUGUCACGCCGUCCCUUUGUAUCCGCCGUGUUUGUGACUGAAUAUUCAUAUAUAGGAGCUACCUCAAAGGCAGAGGUUGGACGUUAAGAAAAGAGACCCCCUUGUCCCUUUUGCACACGACGCGCUUGUGUGUGCGUGUGCAGGCAUAUGCGUUUUUUUGUAUAGGGCAACACAUGUUAAAAUCACAUUUUAUUGGACAGAAAAGCACCAUUUAUAUGAUUUCUUUUAUAAACAACAUCUCAUGUGCAGUAUUUCUCGCAGCCUGAAUAUUUCUUCUGACACUACUUUUUUCAGACCCUGCUUGCAUAGAGGUUUGCCUGAGAUAUCUCCUUUGCAGUGUGUACCCUACAACACAUUAGUUGUCUAUAUGUACCCUGUAGAACCGAAUUUGUGUGAAGUACAAACAAUCGCAAAUACGUCUCUACAGGAAUACAUGGGCAACUGAAAUACCACGCCAUGGACUCUUCUGCUUCUGCUCCUCUUCACGUCUCUUCUGGCUUCCUUUUCCCUGCUAUUGAAACCACAAGCAUCAUACACAUACCGCCUAUAUCCAGGCACUAGCAAUGCAAUAACAUUGUCACAAAGUGUAUUCAUAGUCCAGACAGCCGUAGAUUGCGUAGGUACGCCACAGAGAGCAAACCCAUGUGUGCAGUGUGCGGCUACUGUCUCAGACCCUGUAAAACACGGUAGGAACCAGGGGUCGUUUAAAAGUGACUGAUUUACGGCUUUUAUUGCUCUAUAAAACGCCUCUAACAUCCUCGCUAUGGGUAAUAGAAAUGUCGUGUGCAUUCUGUACAAACAGGACAGCCAGAAAUGUCAUUUCACGUCUCGUUUUUAACCAUAUUAUGUAGGCUAGUUAUUGCUGUGAAAAUAGAUACAUCGGUUAACUGGCCAUACUGAAACCCAUAUUAACUGACCCAUAUAGAUUAAGUGUUACUUCUGCUCAGGCUUAAUGUUUCUCCAAGUGGGAGCCUAUGACUUUCUUUAUUAUUAGUAUUAUUAUUAUUAUUAUUAUUUAUUUUUUAUUAUUUUUAUUUUUAUUAUUAUCAUUAUUAUCAUUAUUAUUAGUAUUAUUAUUAGUAUUAUUAUUAUCAUUAUAUUUUCCUUGUUAUUUUCGCUGCUGAUGCGAAAACAACCACAAUAACAUUUUUUUAAAAAGCAUUACAAAUAUAUUAUAAUCUAGAUGUUGUUGGGAAGCUGCUAAUAAAGGGAGUAAACCUUACUCUCUUCAACCACAGCUGACUCUGAGAUAAGAAUGGGAAGCAUACAGCACAUGACAAGUUUACACAGCCAGGCAGGAUCAGUUUACAUUUACCAGCAGACCUCCAGUAAUGUGGUCAGGGCUUCAGCCAGGAAUAGCAUGUAACAUUUGAAGGCAGCAAGACUCAUAUAUUAUGCUAAUUUUCUAAUCGGUUUUUUCCCUCUUUUUACAAAGUUGAAAUAAGUAGGACUAUAUAGUUUAAAGAAAACUAAAGAGUAAACAAAUCAGUUGCAUGUAUUUCUGUAUGGAAUUUUUCAAAUACUUCCUCUCAGCAUUUUCUUUCAGAUAAUAUGGGUUGUAGCAGGUCCACACACAGUCAGCUGAAUUACAUUGUAGCCACAUGUUUUUAUUGUAGGCCAUAACAAAGGUCAAACAAGUCUUGCUAGUAAAAGGUAAUGACAUUCCAAUGUUGUUAAAACAGAAGGCCGGGAGAAGAUGAACAUAAUACAGACAAGAGCAGCACUUUUGUUAGAAAAAGCCUCAGAAUUUAAAUGAUUUUUAAUGGUGUUUGGUAUUUUUUCAUAUGUAUCUUUAAGCAGGACUUGCUGCAUGUAGUGAGCUCUUUAGUUAAAAGUGAGGGAGUUCAAUGGCUUUAACCGGUCUGCAGCGACCACAUUUAACUUCUCUGUGACACAAUACGACUCCCUUGCAGUUAAAUCAGCAGAUAAUUGACACUCUCUAUUAUGAUAUUGGUUCUGAGACACCCUGUGUUCCCAUGCUGGCUGGUCUGUGACAUCAUGAUGCUCUGAACAGUUGUCAGGUUUGUGACACUGCAGUGGGGCUGCUGUUUUAUGAACGGUGUGAUUUCACAGCAUAUAGAGUAAGUUUGGCCUGUUGGCUGAUCCACUGGAGUCUGAUGUUAUAAUUGUAUUGUGAGCUUUUCUACACUGUUUUGAUGGUGUCAUCACAAUUACCAUAUUCAUAUUUAAAUGUAAUUAUUCAAAGCUUUUGUUUAAUAAUUGUUGUAUCUUACAGAAUAACAAUAUCAUUCAAAGUUAAAGGUGCAUCUUACACUUUGGCUUUUCUUCUAUUUGUAUCCUUUUAUACCAUAUUCUAGAACAUGGCUUUUCUUAAUUCUUAUCACCUUAUUUGUUUUUUUUGUAAAUCAGCCAACCCCUUUGGUUCCAGCUGAUGUAUGCUGCUUUGACAUUCAAAGCAGCUAUACUGAAAGUACAUGCCUGACACUUUCAAUCAGGCACUUUUUUUUUCGUUAUUCUCACCAAAUUCCAAUUAAAAGUUGAAGGCUGAGACUUUUAAUUGAUAGCCUGGGAAGAAAAUGGACAUCAUUUCAAAAUAGACAAAUCUCUCAUAAUUGAAUGAAGGCUUUUGUUUAAGCAGCCUGACUCUUCCUGUCCACCUUUUUGCAACAUUAUUAAUUACCAGCCCUACUUAAAAAAAAUCAACCACACCAUGAGCAUCUCAACACUCCAGUCUUUUAUGACAUUUAGAUUCACUAUUCAAUAUUAGUGCUGAAAUGCUUAUAUAAUCUUACAAAACUGAUGCAGCUGUAAUGCCUACGUGUAUUAAUGGACUGUAAGUUUCACAGCUAAAGAGCUGUUGGUAAAGCAUGUGCCUUCAUUAAUUAGAAGAUAACCUUUAUAUAGGGAGCAGGCUAACAACAUGAUUGGUUUGCUAUUGUUGUGCCUUAUCCUUGGCGGAUCACCCAUUCUACCUUUGAAUAAUUGAGACCAGUAGAUGUUGCCUAUUUUAUUUUUUCCUUGGUCAGCAACUAGCGACUAGUUUUGUCCCCAAGAUCAAUUGCCUUGGUAAGACAACGAGAGAGAGGAGGGAGUGAGUGAGAUAGAGAGAGAGGGGAAGAGAGAGAGAUUUGUUCCCACAAUGGCGACUGUAGGUAUGCUAAAUACCUCUGGUUCCUUAUCCGGGAACUACCUCUUACUCUGCUAUUGGGCCAUUGGGUCACGUGGUAAAAGUAACUUUACAGGGCUGCUCGCAAGUAGGAGGGCUUUAUGGAGCAGAAAAACGACAAAGCUAGAAAAAUUAUUUUCCACUCUAGAAAUUAAUGAUCAUGAGCUCGUAUUUGAUGGAGUCUAACUACAUUGAUCCGAAAUUUCCUCCAUGCGAGGAAUAUUCGCAAAAUAACUACAUCCCUGAGCAUAGUCCAGAAUAUUACAGCCGCGCAAGGGAGUCUGGCUUCCAGCAUCACCAUCAGGAGUUAUAUCCUCCGCGGGCGAGCUACCAGGACCGCCAGUUUAACUGUGCAAGCAUCCCUGAACCUGACUCGCCAAGGGGACAUGGAGUACCCCAAUCUGCGCACCUGGUGGUAGGGAAAGGGCAACCUGCUUCCUGUGAAACCCCACAGUUGUCCAUGUCCCCCGCCACCCCACCGGCCGCAACCUCCGCCUGCAACCAAGCUACCCCGGAGCAUCCAAACAGCACAGCCUCCUCCAAGCAGCCUGUGGUGUACCCAUGGAUGAAGAAAAUUCACGCCAGCAAUGUUUCGGGUUACAAUGGGACGGAGACCAAGCGGUCUAGGACAGCAUACACCCGGCAGCAAGUCUUAGAAUUGGAGAAGGAAUUCCACUAUAACCGAUAUUUAACUCGGCGGAGGCGCAUCGAGAUCGCCCACACCCUGGUUCUCUCCGAGCGACAGAUUAAAAUCUGGUUUCAAAACCGCAGGAUGAAAUGGAAAAAGGACCACAGGCUCCCCAACACCAAAGUGAGAUCCUCUUCCUCCUCCUCCGGGUCCAACACAAGCUCAGCAGCCGGCGCUGUUGCCGCUGCCUCGGCCGCUAACACUGGGGCCCCCGACGAACUCUCCGGAGCACAGCAAAGCGAGGAUAUUACCAGGUUAUAAAACCAAGAAGAUCGGGGGUAGAAAAAGAACUUGUUAUUUAUAGAACAAUUAUAUAUUUUGUUUUCGUAGCUAUCUUGUGCGGUUUCCUUUAAGUCCACAGUUAUAUAAAAUGCAUGUUAUAUAGCAUGGAUUACUGCGAAUACCGAUGAAUUAUUUUUACGUGACACAGGGUUUAAUUUAUUUGAAGCUGAAUUAAAAUGAUGUUUUUUAUUAAAAAAUGUUUUGAAUGAAGGAUGAAAAAGUAGAAAAAAAUAUACAUUUUAUCAAAAUGUUAUUGUGGGCCAUUGUUUUGCCCUGCUGCCCAAUGUGAAAUGCACAAUCUAUUUAUUUCAAACAACACUGGAAGGAAAUCAAUAUAAUAAUAGUUAUUUUUGGUAUAAAAAUGCUGGAACACACCAUUGAUCUUGAACUUGUAUGUUUUGGAUAAAACCAAUGUGUGAAUUACCUCGUGUAUUUCAGAAACAGGAUUUUGAUUUACAAUUUAGUUUUGUGGUGUUGAUGUUGUGUUUAUUAGACCGUUAAAAAGCAGAUUAUUGUGAAAUGCAAUAAACGGAGUGUAGUGUACUUGUGAUAAUCAUAUUGGUCAAUAAAACAGUGAGUGUCUACUAGUUUUAAAUAG